AUGCCUUUCCCUGCUUCUGCUUUGCUCUCCCUCGACCCGGGCCCCGCGCCCCUGCCUGUCCCUCGACCCGGGCCCCGCGCCCCUGCCUGUCCCUCGACCCGGGCCCCGCGCCCCUGCCUGUCCCUCGACCCGGGCCCCGCGCCCCUGCCUGUCCCUCGACCCGGGCCCCGCGCCCCUGCCUGUCCCUCGACCCGGGCCCCGCGCCCCUGCCUGUCCCUCGACCCGGGCCCCGCGCCCCUGCCUGUCCCUCGACCCGGGCCCCGCGCCCCUGCCUGUCCCUCGACCCGGACCAAGUCCGAGCUUCAUGUCCUCAUCCAGCCCAGGAGUCCCGCGUCCUGCCCCUACGUCCGGUCCUGUUGCCUUGCCACGUCCAGUCCUCGCCUGGAUCCAGAGUCCAAGCCCGAGCCCGAGUCAAGACCCACAUUCCAGAUCCCUGUCUACUCUCGGGCUCGGAGUCCUUGUCCAGUGGCCUGUCGACCCCUGUCAUCCAAGAUCCUGAAGGACGAUGAUAAGGUUACCAGGUGUAUUGUUGAGGUGAUUUCAGAUACUCUCUCCAAACCCUCAUUACCUCUCAGUGACGAAUGCAGCAAGAUUCUCAAAGAAGAUGAGACCGUUCUGGCUAUGGUGCAUCAUCAGAAUCUUCUGAGGGAACUGGAGGAGCUCACACAUCAUGGAGAGAGUUCAGCCAAGCAAAGGUCUCUCAAAGGAGACAAGAAGUGGAACUACCCAAAUGCAGAGUGGAAUGAGGCAGAGAAUUUGGAGAAAAGGGAUGAAAGGGAGGAAGAUCUCAAUGGCCCAGGAGGAUCCCAUGUGAAGAAGGAUCUCCUUUCAAAGGAAGAGGAAGACAUGGUGAGAUACAAGAAAAGCGAGGAGCUGAACAUGGAGGAACAUCACGAAGACAAGGAAGCUCUUACCAGUAAAGAUGACACCAAGGCCGUGACCCAUGCAAGCAAGGAAGAGGUUGUCAAUAAAGACAAAGAAAGUUCUGAGGGGAGGCAUGGUGAGUCAUCUGAGGAGGAUCAAAGUUCUAGUGAGCUUGGGCAAGAUGAACGUGACCUCCUCAAGAUCGAUGAGCUCCUCAAGAAGAUUGCCAAGCAUGAACUCGAAAACAAGCAAGGAAAGAAGAAACACUGGAGUGAAGGGAACGAUGACGGCAGCAUGGGGAACGAGCACGGACUGGUGAGCAUUGAGAAGCGAGUUCAGGAGAAUGCCAGUGACGAAGAGACUGAUCAGUUUGAAGCAGGGCAGAAAGGGAUGAAGAUCCUGGGGGUCGGAACCCACCUGCAGGGAGGGGGUGGCAAGCAAUCCCUCGAGCAGCAGGAGAUCAAGGAUAAGGGACGCCAUCACUUUGGUGUGGACUUCAAGAAGAGACAUGAGGGUGAGAUUGAACAGGAGUGGAAGAGGAACCGUGAUUUGGAAAGCAGCAAAGACGAGGAUAGCGAGGAUGAAGAGGAGGAGGGAGAGGAAGAAGAAAAGAAAGUGAAAUAUAAGGUUGAUGAGCUGAGGAACCUUGUGAAGAUUGAGGAAGAACUGAAGGAGGUUGCUAAGAAGCUGAGAGAGAUUCGGCAGGGAUGAGGCCUGCGCUCGGCUCCAAUGACCCUGACCAUCCUUUGUUGUGUCAUCCCAGCCUCUCACCCUCUGCUCUGGCUCUGUACUGUUAUUGCCCACAGCGCGGACGGACACGGUGCAGUAAUGCAUGCUACACUCUUCAGUCAUUAUUGCUCUUUCCGUAAUUGGCAAUGUCACUCUGUCAAUGACAGGAUUGGAUUUAGGAAACAG